AAACUGGUAGGCUUUAAUGGCGUGUCGACGGCAUAUUUCCUUCACCCUUCGAAGUCAAACGCGAAUUUAGUUAGGGGAAGUAAAUUGUCUGGCGAAUUGGGCGUAAACAAAUAACACAGGUGUUCAAUGGGAACAAAGACGUGUCUGAAUAAAACCCAGUCUUGGAGAAAGCUGAGGUAAUUCCAACCUUUACUUGGGAUAUUCAGCUAUGAGCCAACCAUCUCGAGUAGGCAGAGGACAGAGGGACAGGAAUGGCGACCGUGUACACAGGGACAGAAGAGAUCCACGGAAUGGAAAGUCUGAUUCCAGUAGCAGAUCUUCACAUCCACCUUACUACCACAACUCCACACCUCCUCAGACGUACUCCCAUGAAGUCCCGAGAGUGGAGCACAAGGAUAAGUCCAAGUGGUCCAACAUCUGCUCGCAGAGAGGCAUCAUGAUGCUGUGCGCAGUCCUGACCAACAUCUUGGUGCUGAUCUGUGUGGCUGCCUCGCAGGCUGUGAUGUCCGGGAUGUCAUCGAUGGGGGGCCUGGCUGGGGGCAGCUUCAGCAUCAACUCUGCCUACAGCCCCUUUGAGGGUACGGAGCUGCAGCAGGUUCGUGACUUGGAUAUGCAAUACAGCCAGUUGCGGGCUCCAGGCAUCUACGGUGGGGUGGCCUUCAGCCUAACCAAUGCUGCAAUCUCUCUGCUUUUUGUGGUAUCCGGGACCAAACCACUUCAUCGCACCCCUAUGAAGCUCCUGGUAGCACAGUUCUUCUUCCAGCUGAUAGGCGCAGUGGCCUACGUGGUGGCUGUCGGGCUCUAUCUCCACUUUGUCAUCCAAGUCAACGCCACAGACGUGUGCAAGAAGAGAGAGAGGCUGUACGCCCGCCAAGGCUACACCUGGAUGAACUGUGAUGUGCAGGGAGCAGAUGCUGCUGUGGCCCUCUUCAGUCUGAUCACAGUUAUCCUGUAUGCAGUGGGUUGCUUCUUCUGCGCCAAGGCCAUCCAGUUUCUUAAGCGUUAUCAUCAGGACAGACGCACCAGUAGACCCCACACACUGAGCAGUGAUAACUAUCCAGAAGCCGUACAUUCUGGCAACACAGCUGUGUAGGCCAGGUAAAUCUAAUUUCUUUAAUGUAUGUUCUCUUCGAAGAUGCCUAGCUUCUGUGAACUGUUUUUACACAAAAAGCAUGCAAUAGUGGAACUUAACAAAACUUGUAAGAUUUAUAGUCACUUGUAUUUAGCAUUUUAAAGACUUUUUAACUAAAGCAAUUUGUCAUUUGCACUGUCCUAUUAUCAUACCUCAUUGAUCAUGGAAAGUCCCUAAAUUAUGAUUUUUCUUCUGUUAUUGGAGAAGUCUUUUCAUCUUAAACUGUAGAAUUCCUAGAAUUGUCCAGAAUUGUUUGAAGACGUGUAGGAUUUCUGUGUGUAUGGGUACUUACAAUUAUUAGGCCAGAUGGAAUCAAACUGAUAAAACUCCAUACAGCAGUUAAAAUGUGUUGCAAUAACCUCAUAAGAGAUCUCUCUAUAUAAGAAAUUGAGAACUAAUGGAUUUUCUAAAUAUCUGUGUACCAAACAAAUAACAUAUCGUGGGUGUAGAAAAUACAAUUAUUUUUUUACCUGUUGUAAAUAGUCUUGGAAAUUUAACUAUUGUAUUUGAAAUGAUAAAAAGGACAUUUUUGUUUUUCUGUUCAUAUCACUCUUAUUAUACCUUUCAUAAUUUCUUGGUUAUGGUACUUUUAAUAGAAAUGGUUAGAAAUUGAAGGAUGGAUACUAAUGGCAACUGUUUUGACAUAAUACAUAUUAAAACUACUACUAGAUGGGUA